UCUGCUUUCAGCCGGGUCCUCCUGAAGCUAAUUGCAGCUUCUUUCUGUCUCCCUCUCUUGAUUGACAGCGAGGAUUUCGCUUCGAGCGACGUCACACCAAGGUGGAUGAAGACGAGCGCAUUUUUCCUCCCUAUACCGUCCAAAGAAAACACAUCGAGCAGACUGUGGCACACAGACGCCUCUACCUGCAGCCGGUGCGCACCGAAAAUUACUACCCCAACUUCAUCAGUGCGUAGAGAACGACCGACAUCCAGCACCACAAAAAAAAAGACCAAGAUUUUUUUUUUUUCAUCAGCUCAACACUGCUUUUCUUCUUCUUUAAUGUUAUUUCAUUCUUAUAAAUAUCCCUCCACCCCCCCCCCCCCCCCCCCCCCCCAAAGAGUGGCGAGACUCAGAGUGUCCUCACAACCACCAUGCGCUGUUUCGCAGGCAGUAAGGACUUUACCGCUUGGAGUCACUUCUCUUUUCUCGUCAGACCGUUUUGAAAACAUGCAAUGCGCUGCGACAGAUAGAGCAGGACGAUAAUGAAGAGGUUAACCACACCUUUAAAAGCGGACAUCUCUUCAGUAGCCUCUUGACCAACUUUGUUGCGCGUUAAGAUGCGCCCCAGAGAAGAGGAGUUGGAUGAGGAACUUUUUGCGCUCUUGUUGACAGACAGUUUCCAGUGAGAUUUUGCUGAGUGAACCGUCGGAAAAACGAGAACCUCCUAUGCAUUUAAGAAAUAAUCCAACUCGGUGUUGGCUGUGCUCGUCAGUAAUUUAAUUUUUUUGCUGUGGAAUCUUCACGAGGAUUUGCUGCGUUCACCAUGACGGUUCGUCUAUCCCGACCGGGCCCUGUUCUUUAUCUUGCUCUGUCCGCAAAAUUUAUGGGACUCUGGUGGGCGGUAGGCAGUCCGCUGGUGAUGGACCCCAACAGUAUUUGCAGGAAAGCAAAGCGUCUGGCGGGAAAGCAGGCGGAGCUGUGCCAGACUCAGCCAGAGAUUGUCAGUGAGGUGGCCAAAGGAGCCAGGCUGGGCAUCAGGGAGUGCCAGUACCAAUUCAGGUACCGCCGCUGGAACUGCACUAGCCACAACAAGUACUUUGGCAAAAUACUGCAGCAAGAUAUCCGGGAGACAGCGUUUGUUUAUGCCAUCACGGCGGCUGGUGUGACGCAUGCUGUAACCCAGGCCUGCAGCAUGGGAGACCUCCUACAGUGUGGCUGUGAGGCGACCAGGAACAGAGCACCUCCAAGACCGUCUUCAUCCUCCCCCUCUGGGGAUGGAGUCAAGUGGGAGUGGGGGGGCUGUGGCGAUGAUGUGGAGUUUGGGUAUGAAAAGUCGAAACAGUUUAUGGACGCCAAGAGGAGAAGGGGCAAGAGUGACAUCAGGACACUCAUUGACCUGCACAACAACGAGGCUGGGCGGCUGGCGGUGAAGCUCUACAUGCGGACAGAGUGCAAGUGCCACGGCCUGUCAGGGUCGUGCACUCUGCGCACUUGCUGGAAGAAGAUGCCUCAUUUUCGUGAGGUGGGCGACCGCCUGCUGGAGCGCUUCAAUGGUGCUUCCAAGGUGAUGGGAGGGAACGAUGGCAAGACCCUGAUGCCUGUCGGCCAGAACAUAAAGCCACCAGAUAAGCAGGAUCUGAUAUACUCUGACGAGUCGCCCGAUUUCUGCCUUGCAAAUCGGAAAACUGGCUCACUAGGGACUCGGGGGCGCAUGUGCAACAGCACAGCCAUGGACAUCAGUGGCUGUGACCUGCUUUGCUGCGAACGCGGCUACCGGGAGGAAACAGUGGUCUUAGAGGAGAACUGUCUGUGUCGUUUCCACUGGUGUUGUGUGGUCCAGUGCAAGAAAUGCUUGGUCCGAAAAGAACUUAGUCUCUGUCACUGAUGAACUUAGGUUGACAGCAGUCAAUAUGACUUGGUUACUUCUUUUACUUUUUGAGGUUUUUCCUUUUGUUUGGCUUGUGUGAAAGAAGAAUUCGGUUUGGACUGUUAUGUAAAUCCUUUUGUUUCAACUUUUGCACGAGUCACAUUCAGAUAACGCCCCAAAAAUGUUCAGUUUCAAAAAUAUUUAAUCUCAACUCUGACUGCUUUGGUCCCCAGGAAUGUUGACAGACAUCAGAGUUGCUGGCCAAAGGUUCAGAAGGUACAGAAAAUAAAUGCAACAAUGUGGAAACAAUAGAAGGGCGGGAACUAAAAUAGAUCAAAUAGAGAAAUUAACUACCUGUUUUUCUCAUUUUUGUUUAGGAAAAGGACCAAAGAAUGUGAAAUUUUUUAUUUUCCCUCUCAAUGAAAGAGAAGGACCUACGCUUGGAGGUUUCUUAGUGUCACUUCCACCACCAGUUCAACAGCUGAGCUUAAUGUAGACUGCCAUCUAAAACCAAAGAAUUUAAGAUUUCAUGGAUGCACCCGAUAUGGUGUUCGCUGAGCCCUGUCCCCUUUAAGUACUUCCUGUUGCUACUCUUGUCAAGUAUUGCAUUUUUACAUGGUACAUAUACAGUUUACAAUAACAAAACAAUAUUUACCACUUAAAAGUCUGUGUAAUUUUUUCAACAAUGGGUUCUUGAUUUCAGAAAGGCAAAAUCAGGCUUCCGCUGCAACUGUCACUGGAACCUUUUAUGAGCUAUUGAGAGUUACUUGCGCUAAUGAGCUGGUAGAAUGUUCCAACUGACUUGUUUUAUAACAGGAACAGUUCUCUAAAGAAAUUAUCCUUGGCCUUGGACGUAACUGCAUUAGGUUAUUGCUUUAGGUGCUAAUAAUUGCAGUCAUCAUUGGAGAAAUGUAAAUGUGCUGUAUUUAUAUAGCGCUUUUCCAGUCUUGACAACUGUUCAAAGCGCUUUUACAUUCACCAUUCACACACAUUCAUACACUGUGGCCGGGGCCGCCAUACAAGGUGCCACCUGCUCAUCAGAUAAACAUUCAUACACAUUCACACUCCGAUGCGCAGCACCGGGGGCAACUCGGGGUUCAGUGUCUUGCCCAAGGACACUCCGACAAUGACUGCAGGGGCGGGGAUCGAACCACCAACCUUCCGAUUGGCAGGCAACCGCUCUACCACUGAGCCACAGCCGCCCGAAAUCCAUUCUUCAGCGUAUUUUUACCCUUAAAUUUGGGUGCACCUUGCAAACUCUUUAUAUGUGGACCAUUACACUUACUACUCACACUUCAGCACGUGGAGAAAAAGUUUAACAGACCUGCCAUGUUCUGUUACGGUUUCUAAGCUCUGAUUGGACAGUUGCUGUUUGCGGGUGGGGAUUAGUGAAUGACCAACAGUAUAAACUGCCUGCUAAUCUACAAGGGCACCACUGACUAUUAUGAAACCUUUUGAGCCUCUAAGGAUAUUGUUUUAUCUACUAUUUUAAGUUUUUCAAAAGGCAUUGUUUUCUAUUUACAAUGUGCUGUAGGAUCAUUGAAAGAUUAAGGAUCUCACUAUGGCCCAAAAUUCUUGAUUAGUAAUUAGCAAAAAUAAGAGCAUUAUUUUACCCCAAAUCUUUUUCUAUAUCAACCUGUCUCUUACAGCAUAGCCUUUGAUUCAAUAUCACACAUCAAAUACAAAAACAUGAUGGUCUUGAUUUUUCUUUUUUCAUGCGACUGCAUGAAAAAUAUACAAAAAAGGGAAAUUGUAUCACAUUUGAAGAAUGCUGUCAGCACCAUGUUCUGCAGGUGUGGACUUGGCCUGCCAGCAAAGACUGUUAUUUAUAUAAAGAUAUGAUGACAAGACUACUCACUUCCAUUUCCCUCAGAAGCACUUUGGAUAUGAUGGCUGCCAUGCACUUCCUCAAUAGCUUGUCUUUUACUAUUUAACCAAAAAAAAAAAACCUUUCCUCAUGUGACAUUGUUUGGUAUCCAGAAAAUGUAUAUAAUGUAUUUUGUUUAUGUGUUAUGAUAUACAGGGCUAAUGUAAUAAUGCACUUUGGAUGUUAGCUUUGGUUUGAUACUGUAUUUGUAUGUGUGUGUUUGUGUGUGUGUGUGUGUGAAUGUGUGUGAGAGAAAGUGUUGAGUGUGUUUGUGCAGGUUGGCCAGUUAUCAGCGUAUCCUUCAGUUGACAGUAGCUUUCAUAUAUCUUUAAGUCGCUGUCUGAUGUUAAAGUGCAUUAUGUUGGUUAUUAAAAGCACACUGCUCUUUGACUCUAUGUCUCUGUGUGAGGCAGACAAGAUCAUUUGUUCGUUUUCAGAGGAAGUAUGUUACCCAUAAACCUGGCAUCUCAUCUCAUUUACACUUAUGUUUUAUUACCAGACAAUGAACAGUACAAUGAGUAUACUAAACUAUGAUAAUGCAUUGCUUCCACGUGUUCUGUUCCGGGAUAUUAUCCUACAUUUAGGAUUCAGAAUCAUCUUGUUUUGACCUUACAGCUGGUGAUGUUUGUGUUUCAGGAAGAUAUCAUGAUUCAGAUCUGGCUGUUACAGAGUUACUUUUAAUAUCUGUUGGAUGACAUCUUUUUGAAGGCCCAAAAUUAAGUAACUACCUGGAGUAGUGGCAGGUUUUAGGAUUGGCUGUAAUGUGGGCAAUAGCUCCCAAACCCUUUAUGUAAUUAAUGUGAGUACAGUUUUAUUUAAUUACUUUUCAAAUAGACCAGCUACAUUUUGAUUCCAAAGUGAACUAUCCAUCAUCCACACUGGUAUACAGGUGAAGUACAUUUGCAGUACAGUUAUCCUUACAUUCAUGAGACUUUAGUUUAUAGACUAUAGAUUGCUUUUGAAAUAUUCAUUAAAGGCAUUUUUCAGAAAGAAAUCAUUAAUUCAAGCGUUCAAUCUAUUUGUUUAAAUGAACAAGGCCCCACAGAUUUGUUUUUUUGCAGUUGCAAGUCUUGUCAAUCCUGUGACACAGCGACCAGUGGCUACAUAUUGGGUCGAUAUUAGUAUGAUCACUAUUGCAGCAAUCAAGCAACUGAUAGUAUUUCUAUUUACAGCACAUAUGUAUUUAAUAUGAGAAUGAGAUCAACAAGUGGCCGGGUUAGCUCAGUUGGUAGAACGGGCGCACAUAUAAAGGGGCUGACGCAGCAGGUUCAACUGCAACCUGCGGCCCUUUGCUGCAUAUCAUUCCUCCUCUCUCUCCCCUUUCAUGUCUUCAUCUGUCCUAUGGAAAUAAAGGCCUACAAAGCCCGAAAAAAAAAAAAAAAAAAAGGUUAUUAUGGUGACAUGCUUUUCUUGUUUUAUUGUUGUUGUAACUUUGAUUGUUUUAAUCUACUGUAAGGCAUCAGGAUAGUGGUAAUUAUCAGAAAUAAUGGAUCUACGGUAGUCACAUAAUAUGAUGGUUAUAUAAUGUUUGGGCUAUAAGUACCAUUUACAGCUACAACUUCUGUAACCCUCCUUUAAUGGGAAUACAGGAAUGUCUCAAGACAAAGUCACAUUACUGUUACAGUGCUGUCUGAUUUGGUGUACUUCUUUAUCCCACCUGUCGAGUGACCUGAGCCUAAGACCAUUUUAAUAUUUGCAUGUUGUCGCUGUCAGCCAAAAACCAUUUAAGUCCAAAACAGCUUUUCCGAAAAUUAAAAAGGGCUAAUUCAAAAAUAAAUGUAUUGAGCCAUUUUUCUCAAACAAAAUCAACCUAUAGCAUUGAUUUAUAAAAUAAAAAUAAAAUUAUGUAAAAUGAUAUAAUAUGGAGAUUCAAGGUAUCGCCAACAGCCAUGCUAUGUAAAAUGUAAAAUUAAGCACAUUCCAAGUAGUUUUGGACGAUGUUCUAACCAGGUUUGGUGGAAAACAACUGAAGGCGGCAGACGGGAGCCGAAGGGAGAAGCAUAUAAUCACAUUUUUGACAGAAUGGAAAUAGUGAUAUCAAAAAUCCAAAUACAACUUUCCAUCCACUUGUCACUUAUUUAAAGACAUUUUGUCACGUUUGUUUCCCAUUUUGUUGUGCUCUUCAUUUUUGUAUUCAGAAAUCAUUUCAUAUCUGGAUGUUAUGUUGCAUUUUCAUUUAGCAUAAAACUACUGUGUGACUCACAUG